UACAGCUGAAAACCCUUGAUGAUUAAAAUAAACUACAGUUAAUGUGAUUGGCUGACUACUCUGCUCCCUGCAGAUAAAUGUGGUCUCUGAGACAAACCCACAGCGUGCAGCUAAUCUGUGUUUAUGUGUCCUCAGUUUCCCAGCAUGCCCUGGCUGUGCUGGUGCAGGUGUAUGAGGCAGCAAAGGUUGCUCUGCUGCCCUGCCGGUUCUCAGGCUUCAUUCCUGAUCAACCCACAGUGAUGUGGACUCGCAGUGAUCUGGAUCCCAAAACUGUCCACAUGACACAAGAAGGAGGAGAUGACCUUACAGGACAAAACCAGCAUUACAGCGGGCGCACAUCGAUGAUGGUCGAUGCUCUGAACACUGGAGAUUUCAGCCUCACUGUGAGAAAACCACAACGGACCGACGUCGGCAACUACACCUGCACCAUGAGUGAUGGGACAGGAGAACGGAGACUGACAGAUGUACAGCUGCAGGUCAAAGAUAACCCAAUGAAGGUGACAGUGGGGGAAGGGUCAGAGUCUGUCCUCUUACCCUGCAAAACAAAACCUGGGCUGCCAAAGGACAUCACACUGGAGUGGACUUGUGCUGACAUAGUGGUGUAUGUGUAUCCACACAAAAGCGACCACCUUAAGAAACAGGAUGGACUUUACAGAGACCGAACAAAGAUGAACAAAGACCUGCUGAGAACUGGAGACCUCAGCCUGACCCUGAAAUACCCCACAGAGAGAGACAGUGGAGGAUACAUCUGCACCAUCUACAGGGACAAAGACAUCCUGAGACAGAAAGUAGUGCUGCAGGUCAAAGAACAAUUUCCAUCCUGGGCCAAAGCUCUCCUGGUUCUCCUGGUUCUUCUUGUGGUUUCUGGAGGUCUUUUAUUUCAUUUCCGGCACUAUUUCAUGUCAGACCCCCAGGUGGAGGUGGAUUCAGAGGUGGAGUCUGUCCAGCUGCCCUUCAAAACCAAAGUUCACCUGCCUGAAGAUGCUAAAGUCGUGUGGAGUAACUCUUACAACAAAAAUGUCCACGUGUAUGAGAACGGCUCUGACCAGCCUGGAGAACAGGAAGUGGUUUACAGGGAUCGAACAAAGAUGAAUGAAGACCUGCUGAAGACUGGAGACCUCAGUCUGACCCUGAAAUACCCCACAGAUGGAAACACAGGAGCCUACACCUGCACCGUCUACAGCAGGGAGGGAAACAUCCUGCUGAAGAGAAAGGUGGAGAUGAAAGUCAGAGGUUAGUGUUGUACAUACAGGUCAAAGGUCAGAGGUCAAUGUUGUAACUAGAUGACCCGUGCUUGUUCCUACCAUUAUUGGCUGACCAACAAUCUUUUAUCUUUUUCUGAUGAAAGAAGCUUAACCCUUUAAGACUGGUCGGAGCAGGCAUGCUCCAGUUUGCGUAACUGUAUUUAAAUCCCUGUAGAACUGCAACCACAAAAGCUAAGCGCAAUAAUUGUUUUUGCAUAUGAAACCAGCUGCACUUACAUCUUAUUCCAUCAGCUCAUCCUAGGUCAUGGUUUCCUUCCACAUGCAAAAAUGCAUGAAAAGCAGUUGCAGCAACAAUAACAUAAUAUUCCAGAAACACGCUUAAAAAUUGGCGUAUCCCAUAAAUUAA